AUGCAGCAACCCCAGUCAGGAAAAGCGGAGAAGAAGAUGAGUGUGUUCACCUCUGGUAACCUCUCGUUUGAGGUUCUUGUUGACAAGAAAGGAUACAUGCCAGGUGAAAGCAUUAGAGUGCAGACAAUAAUAGACAACUCCUCAUCCCGUGAUCUUACGCCCAAAUUCAAGCUUGAGAGGAAGGUGACAUGUACUGCUAUUAAUGGUGCGAUCGAUACGGCCCGACUCGAUGUUUUCAAAGAGGUGGGCUCUCCGGUCCCAUCCAGAAAACAGCAGACUGUGACAAAGGAAUUCAAGAUUCCUCUUGACACUGCCCCAACCAACGUGAUCAGCAAGAACGUGAAAGUGGUGUACACUCUAAAGGUUUACGUCGACGUUCAAUAUGCUUCUGACCCGAAGGUCAAGAUCCCGAUCUUCAUCUUGCCCCUGGAUGAGCAGGUCCCUCUGGUGUCAGCACUGGCACUCAUGGCCUUUGGACAGGAACACAACUCUCACCAAGAUCCAGUCCCAGAACUACUUCUUCACCCACCACAACACACAAUGCCACUGAGUGCAUCCAACCAGCAGCCAGUUCUGCAGUCCGACCAGGAGACCGGUGGUCCAGUGCCAGCUGCCUCUUCCCUCUACCCUGCGCUACCUGCGUCUGAUUUCCUCUCCUCUCCAAGUGCUCCUCAGUACGUUGCUGGUGGUGCACAGGACUCUCUGUCCAAUCGGAGCACCUCUGAGUAAU